AUGUCAGAAGCAAACUUCGCCAAUUAUAUGGCAGAAUUCAUUUCGAAACAAGCUUGGACCAAAACAAUCGGAAUGGAAGAAGAGAUUCAACUUGCACCCGCCAAGUUAAGUCAAACCCCUCCAGAAGUUCAAGAUCCUCUCGAAGAAGUCAAUUUAGGAACUGAGGAUGAUCCAAGACCCAUAUUUAUAAGCGGUCUUCUCGAGCAAUUCAUGCGAACAGAGCUGAUCUUUUUAUUGAAGGAAUUCAAGGAUUGUUUUGCAUGGCACUACCACGAGAUGCCAGGACUAGAUAGAAGUCUGGUGGAGCACAGAUUGCCCAUAAAUGAGGGCUACAAACAGGUAAAACAGUUGAAGCGAAGAAUGUCUAUCGAGCAGAACUCAAAGCCAGCCCGAUACGUCAAGUGGCUAGCAAAUAUAGUUCCUGUUUUGAAGAAGGUCACUAAAGCUGAAAGGGUCUGUGUGGAUUACGUAAACCUCAAUGAAGCCAACCCAAAGGACGAAUACCCAAUGUCCAUGGUCGACACGCUGAUUGACGGUGCAACACACAAUAAGAUCUUGUCAUUCAUGGAUGGCAACGCAGGAUAUAACCAAAUCAUGGUUGCUGAAGCAGAUAUUCAUAAAAAACAUUCAGAAUGCAGGUGCUACUACGAAUACAUUGUUAUGCCCUUCAGGCUAAAGAAUGCAGGUGCUACGUACCAAAGUGAGAUGAAUACUAUAUUUCAUGAUAUGAUCGGGCCUACUCUGGAAGUAUAUAUUGACGACGUGGUCAUCAAAUCUCAAGAACAACAGACGCAUAUCGAAGACCUGCGCAAGGCUUUCAUCAGAAUACGCUAG